CACAUUGGAAAGUAAUGGUUUGCUCUUCUACAACGGUCGGUUUAAUGAGAAGCACGACUUCCUUGCUUUGGAGAUACUGGAUGGACAAAUGGUUCUUAAAUACUCCACAGGUGAGUCAUCUACUCAGGUGAGUCCAUACCUGCCUGGCGGAGUGAGUGACGGCAACUGGCACACCGUUCACAUCCACUACUACAACAAGCCAAAGCGUAGUGUGAGCGGUGACGUUCAGGGUCCGUCUGAUGAGAAGGUCGCUGUCUUGAGUGUAGAUGACUGUGACACAGCCGUUUCUCUGAGGUUUGGCGCUCAGCUCGGCAACUACAGCUGUGCUGCACAGGGAAGACAGACCAGCAGCAAAAAGUCUUUGGAUCUGACUGGCCCGUUGUUUUUGGGUGGAGUUCCUAACCUGCCUGAGAAUUUCCCGUUUAGUACAAGAGAAUUUAUUGGCU